AUGGAGGUGGAAAAGUGUUCAGCAGAACAAGACGGAAACACAACAUGCGACUCAGACCAGCCACCACCUCUAAACGGCCCUCACCAACACCAAGACGCCUCCAAUGAUCCUCCCGACGGCGGCUUCGCAGCAUGGACACACGUCCUCCUCAUGCACAUCAUCUUCUUCAACACCUGGGGCGUCGCCAACGGCUACGGCGUCUUCCAGGACUACUACACCCAGACCCUCCACCAGUCCCAGUCGUCCAUAUCCUGGAUUGGCAGCGCCCAAGUCUUCUUCCUCUUCUCCAUCGGCGCCGUCGCCGGGCGUCUCACCGACGCGGGACACUUUCGGGUCACGUUUGCCUGCGGCGUGGCGCUGCAGCUGUUGGGCAUAUUCAUGACUUCUCUUUGCACAGAGUAUUGGCAGAUCUUUCUCGCGCAGGCAGUGUGUCUAGGCAUAGGCAAUGGGCUUACAUUCUGUCCUGCUCUGGCUGUUCUCUCGCAGUACUUCAAGAGAUAUCGGGCUUUUGCGGUUGGUCUUUCUGCUGCCGGGGCUGCUGUAGGUGGACUUGUCUACCCGGUGUUGAUAAACCGACUCAUCUUCCAUGACAACUUCGGUUUCCCUUGGACUCUACGCAUCAUGGGCUUCAUCAUGCUGGCCACUUACAUCCCCUGUCUCAUUUGGUUCAAGCCCCGUUUGCCACCGCACAAGACGGGCGCGUGGACUGAUACAUCUGCUUUCCGAGACGUGCCAUUCCUCUUCUUCGCGCUGAGCAUGUUUCUCAACUUCUGGGGCCUUUACUUUGCCUUUUUCUACUUGGGAACGUUUGCUCGCGAAAAGGUGGGAACCAAAGAACCGAUCAACUUGCUCAUCGUUCUCAACGGCGUGGGCAUUAUUGGACGUAUUUUGCCUACAAUAGCCGCCGACAAAUGGGUCGGCAUGCUCAACAUGCUCAUUCCCAUGAGCUUUGCCGCGAGCUUGCUCGUCUUUUGCUGGACAGCAGUAUCAUCAACAGCCGGUUUGUAUGCCUUUGCCGUCAUCUACGGCCUGGUAGCAGCAGCACUGCAAGCCCUGUUCCCAGCCGUCGCCACAACCAUGACUCCUCAUCCGAGUAGAACCGGGACACGUGUGGGGAUGAUUCUUGGGUUUGUCAGUUUCUCGACGCUCACGGGUCCAGCCAUCUGUGGUGCCAUUAUCCAGAGGCAGGAUGGAGAGUACUUGGGGGCGCAGAUGUUUGCUGCUGUGAGCAUUCUUCUGGGCGCGAUGAUGGCUUUGGCUGCGAGGAUGGCCAAGGCUGGAUCAAAUUUGACGACAAAGGUGUAG